CCACCUACCAAAAAGUAGGCCUAUGUAAAGUAGUAGCUUCAAAUCCACCAGCUAUAACAUAAAAAUGCUAGUUAGGCCUACACGUCAAUGCAUCAGUAAUAAUGAUACAAUAAUAUAUAUUGUUGUUUUUAAUUAAGUAAAAUUACUCAUUUCCCCCUUCUGUUGCUGCUGCUGAUGUGCCCGCGUACGUGAACGCGCUCCAUCGCUGUCAUCAGUACAACAUCAGCGUCUUCCGGGGGCCGCGCAGAGAAAUAGGAGGAGGAGGAGGAAGAGGACGAAGAAGGGGGGACGGGGGGGGACGGGUGCAGAGAGAGAGGGAGAGGAGACAUACUGGAUAAAGGCUACGACAAAAACCAUGAUGAUAAUGGAGUCGAGGCGGUGGAGGAUGUCGGAUUUAAGAGAAAGGACUGUUGAAAUUUGACAGAGGCUCGUGUUGGAACCUGUUCUCAACGUUUUUAUUCAUUUAUUCUGUUUGAUUUCCACAUGCUGCGUGGACAUUGAAGUAGACGAAGGGGAACACCCCACGGAUGCCUCGGAAGGUAAAAACGGGGUCCACCGCUGGCGCUACAGGCAACAGACUUCAUCUCACGGAUCGUAAUAAAUGACAUCCUGAAGAUAGCUCUAAACUGAUGGAUGAGGAUGAAAAAUUGCUUUAAACCCCUCCACCCGACCACUGUGAAAUAAAGAGAAUCCUACUUUGAUGGAUUUUUUUUUAAUCAUUCAUGGUGUAGCCUCAAGGAAACGAGCCUUGACAGCAAUGUUGAAUCACUGGUCUUGGUAAAUUAUUCAUCAGUGGGAUAGGUAGGCUAUGAUUUUCUAUUGCUUCAAUGUAGCAUUUUCCCUCAUUUAUUUUUACAAUGUUUAAUCUUGCGAUAUCAUACACAUAUUUGCAGGUUACAUUUUUAUCGUGUGGUUACGUAGGCCCAUUUAGUAUCCUUUAACAGCCACAUAAGAAAUAGCCAAAGCGGCGUCAAUAUUAGCGCAGAGAAGUUUUGAUAUAGAGAACGAAAAAAUACAAGAACUGGGUAGUGAAGGGUUUGGAGCUGUCAGGCAUUUUUUUUUUUUUUUUAAGAUUUACAUUUCUUUUUUGUAAGAGUCUAAAGAGGAGGAGGACGGGGUGGAAAGAGAGAUACAAGGAGGAAACAAAACGCCCAAACAUGUUGCCUUCCCAAGAAGCCUCCAAGAUCUACCACGACAAUUAUAUGCGAAACUCCCGGGCCAUCGGGGUUCUGUGGGCCAUCUUCACCAUCUGCUUUGCCAUCGUCAACGUGGUGGUGUUCAUCCAGCCCUACUGGAUCGGCGACAGUGUCAACACGCCACAGGCAGGCUAUUUCGGACUCUUCCACUACUGCGUGGGCACCGGGCCGUCGCCCAGCCGAGAGCUCACCUGCGUGGGCAGCUUCUCCGACUUCAACGCCAUCCCGUCCGGAGCCUUCAAGGCGGCCUCGGUGUUCGUACUGCUAUCCAUGGUGCUGAUCCUCAGCUGCAUCGCCUGCAUGGCGCUCUUCUUCUUCUGCAACACCUCCACCGUUUACAAGACCUGCGCCUGGAUGCAGCUGCUGUGCGGAGUGUGCCUAGUGCUGGGUUGCAUGAUCUUCCCCGAUGGAUGGGACGCCGAGGUGAUCCGUGACAUGUGUGGGGAGCAGACGGGGAAAUACUCCCUGGGUGACUGCUCUGUACGCUGGGCCUAUAUGCUGGCCAUCAUGGGCAUUCUGGACGCCCUCAUCCUCUCCUUCCUGGCCUUUGUCCUGGGCAACCGGCAGACAGACUUCUAUCUUGAUGAUUUGCAGACAGACAACAAAGAUUUUGCUGUGUCAAGGAUUGAGGUGCGGGACAGAAGAGAGCCAAGGUAUGGAGUGCAGCGUCUUCACUGAGGGCAACAAUGGCACUGGACAACUUGUCUUCUCUUCACUCAUCCAUCUGUUUCUUUCCCUCUCCUCUCUUCUCCCCCUCUACUCUCUUCUUCUCUUCUCUCCAAUGAUCAGGAUAUCACCCAAUAUCAAUGCAGACACCAAGUGUACAAGAUUCUGUAAGAUUAUAAAAUACAACAAAACACACUGGGAUGAACUAUAUUUUGAAAAAAAAAGAUCUAAGGUUGUACAGUGCAUCUAACACUUGACUUUUUCAAUGAGUACCUGCGAUGGAAAAAAAUAUUUACUGUAUUUAAGGUCUUGAUUUGUGUGAGAAAUUCAAACCUUAAGAUGAAGAACCAUAAGGCCCAUCUAUGAUUUUAAGAGGAUUUAUUUAAAAUCUUGCUAUUUAAUGACUUUGAGUUUGUGUGUUGUGUAUAUUCAUAGCUUCAGAAAGAAGAUUAUUGAUACUCCUCAUACAGUGAUAGAGUCAAGACUUGCAAUACAGCAGCAAGUCCAUUAUUAAACAUUCAAAACACUUCAA